UAUAAUAAAAGUAGACACGCUUCAUUGACAGCAUAUAUUACGUAUUGAGUGUCGGUUUAAGACGUUCAUUGGUCUUGGUUUUACGUGUGUCGCCUGAAUUUAUUAAGUAGUUAUAUCAACAAAUAUUCAAAAUAAUAUGGCGGGCACGAGUGGAGGUGACUUACCUAAAACAAUACAAGGUAUUGAUAAUAUAGAAAAACAGAACAAAUUUUAUUCUUUAAAGUAUUCAUCUGGAGAAUGUGGCCGGUUGCAUAUUCUUAAUGAUCACGUGUUUCGGUUUUAUAUGUCGCCCACCGGAGAGUUCUUAGAUUAUCCAAAACCUCAUAACCCAGACGACAAAGCAAAUAUUAUUGAAAAGAAUGAGGACAGCUACGGGUAUGACGCAUUUAAAAACUCGACAUUACAGGAUGCAAAAACACAUUAUAUUGUAGAAACCGAAGAUUUAAAUAUUAUUUUCGAUAAGAUAAGGGGAACAAUGGCAAUACACGACUCUCGGAAAAGUAAAGAUGUUUUUAAUGAAUUCAAUUCUUUAUCGUACGAGGAUCAUAGUUGUACACAAACAAUAAUACAAAGCCCUGGUGAGUAUUUCUUUGGAGGAGGUAUGCAGAACGGUCGUUUCACUCAUAAAGAAGAAGUAAUUGAUAUUGUUAAUACUAAUAAUUGGGUCGAUGGAGGAGUAACGUCUCCGUGCCCUUUCUAUUGGUCUACGCGUGGUUACGGUAUCCUAAGAAACACUUGGCAACCCGGUUUGUAUGAUUUCGGAGCAUAUUCCAAUGAAAUCAUACAAACAAGUCACAAAGGAAUUGAUUUUGAUGCAUAUUUCUUUAUCAACUCCAAACCUAGAGACAUUUUAAGAGAUUAUUAUGAGCUAACAGGAAAUCCACUAAUGAUGCCCGAGUAUGCCUUUUACGAGGCACAUCUAAAUGCUUUUAAUCGAGAUUAUUGGGUGGAGGUUACAUCUACCACCCGUGGCGCUAUUUUGUUUGAAGAUGGAAAAUAUUAUAAAUGUUAUCAGCCUAAAGACAUGGAUGGUAAACAAGGAAUUUUGGAAUCACUUAAUGGUGAAAGAGACAACUAUCAGUUUUCAGCGCGAGCUAUGGUAGACAGAUACAAGAGGCAUGAUAUGCCUCUCGGUUGGUUUAUACCGAAUGAUGGUUAUGGGUCUGGUUAUGGCCAAACUGAUAGUUUAGAAGGUGAUAUUGAUAAUUUGAAAAAAUUCUCAGAUUAUGCAGCAAUAAAUAGUGUUGAGGUUGCGCUUUGGACUGAGUCCAAUUUGGAACCUAUUGAUCUUCUCAAUCCCAAAAAAGGUGAUAGAGAUUUAGCUAAAGAAGUCAGUGUAGCAAACAUAGUUGCUCUCAAAUGUGAUGUUGCAUGGAUAGGUAGCGGGUACUCGUUUGCAUUUAGCGCUGUAGAGAACGCCUCUCGUAUAUUUGUUAGGAAUACAACACGACGUCCACUUAUCAUCAUGGUAGAUGGUUGGGCUGGGACACAAAGACAUUCAGGAAUCUGGAGUGGGGACCAAACUGGAGGGCAAUGGGAAUAUAUUCGAUUUCAUAUACCGACUUAUGUUGGUUCAGGUCUAUCUGGGAUGCCGAUUGUAGGCUCUGAUAUGGAUGGUAUUUAUGGAGGAGAUUUAAGGGAAGUUAAUGUACGAGACUACCAAUGGAAGUCCUUUACACCCCUUCAGUUGAAUAUGGAUGGUUGGGGUCGGGUUCCUAAAACUCCUUUUAGUUUUGACGAAGAAGCGACAUCUAUUAAUCGAGCAUACCUAAAGUUUAAAACAAUGCUUUUGCCAUAUAACUAUUCAAUAGCGUAUGAAGCAACACAGGGAUUACCCAUGGUACGAGCUAUGUUUUUGGAAUACCCCAAUGAAAAUUCAUCAUAUACAAAUGACUCAAAAUAUCAGUUUAUGUGGGGAUCAAAUAUUCUUGUCGCUCCCAUUUACAAUAGUAAAAAACUCGGAGAUUUAUCAGUACGUGAUGGUGUAUAUCUACCGAAGGAUGGAGAGAUAUGGAUAGAUCUUUUUACGGGUAAGAGGUUUCAAGGUGGAAAAAUUUACAACAACAUACUCACGCCAUUAUGGAAAAUACCAGUAUUUAUCAAAGAUGGGUCAAUUAUUCCAAUGACGAAUCCAAAUAAUAAUCCUUCUGAGGUAGAAAGAGAAAACAGGAUAUAUACCAUUUAUCCUAAUGGCAAAUCCAGUUAUGUAACAUAUGAAGACGAUGGCAUAUCAACACAGUAUUUGGAAGGACAAAAUGCAAGCACAGAAAUUACAGUAAUUGGCCCUAAAUCAAAUUCAGUUGGUGAUUUGUUAAUAAAAAUAGGAAAAACCAAUGGCGACUAUAAUGGUAUGAUAAAGAAACGAACAACCAUAUUGCAAAUAAUGUCCUCUAAUAAUGUAAACAAUAUGAAGAUCGCUCUAAAUGGAGAAAAUUUAACAAUUGAAAAAGUACACACAGAAGAAAUGUUUAAUAAGGGCGUAAAUUGUUUUUGUUUCACAGAAAACUUUUUUUUGAAUCCAUUCAUAAAAGAAUUUAGCAAUAUUGGCCAAAAGUUUCUGCUGAUAAAAAUAGAAAUGGUAGAUAUUGUAACUACUGAAAUAAAUGUCAAAAUUAGAGAUUAUUCAUGUGGGGAUUUCAAACAAAUAUUUGGCAAAAUAGAUGAAAUCAAUUCAAAUCUAGAAACUCCAUGUUUGAGAGUAGAUAAUGAUGACACAACGCCAACAAGUAUAACUAUGGAAUGGGAUUUAGUUGAACAUAUUGACUAUUAUGAAGUAUUAAGAGAUGAUGUAAUUUUUACAAAUAUUACAGAUACAAAAUUUACUUUUGAUUCAUUUAGAAGUGAUACAGAACAUGCUUUCAAAAUUCGGUCAGUUAAAAUCAAUAAAGCAUCGGAUUGGAGUGAAUUAGUCAAAGCAAAAACGCGGGAGGACCCAUUUAAACAUAUUAUUCCAGGAGUGAAGGUAACUUGCAAUUUGCCAUGUCAACCAAAUCAGGAAGUAUUUAAUUUAGUUAAUACAAAUUCAGCUAAGAUCUGGCAUACACACUGGACUGAUAGAGGCCAAGCAAAAUCUGAGCCAUUGAGGCUAAAGUUUGAUUUAAAUGAAGUGUAUGAUGUUGCAAAAGUUGAUUAUUUUCCAAGAGGUGAUGCAGGUAAUGGUACAUUCCUUGAACUGCAAUAUAAAUUUUCUAUUAAUAAUGAGGACUGGUCAUCUCUCUCAGAAAUUAUAAGAUUUAAUCACAGCAGUAAAACUAAAACUAUUGAUCUGAAUGCUCGAUUCAGAUACAUUGAAUUUAUUGCAACAAAAACUGUUGGGGAUUUUGGGUCAGGAAAACAUAUGUUAUUUUAUAAAAAGUAAUGCCUUUGAUGUCUAUUCCUUAAAAUAAUUAUUUAGGUUUGAUUAAUUUGUAACAUCUUAUUCAUAAGUAACAAUAAGUAACAUUCCCAAAGCUUAAUUGGGAAUACUGGAAUUGAAAUAUUAUCCUAUUAUAUAAUACAUUUUUGUCAAAUUUAUUUAACUUUUUUAAAUUGAUUAACUAAUAUAAAUAUUUAGUAAGUAUUAUGUUUAAAACAAAUCUUAUAUGAAA